AUGGCUUCUUUAGACCGCUUACCCCCUGAACUGAUCAACAAGAUCGUCGAUCUCAUCGAAGAGCCCGACAAAUGUCCGCAGAAGCAUUUGAGUCGCCUUCGGCUAGUCACCCGUGCUUUGAACGCUGUUGCCACUCCGAGGGUCUUCGCUGUCAUGCCUCUAUGGAUCGGCUUGCAGAGUCUUACUUAUCUCGAUAACGUUGCGAAACGCUCGAAGCUAUCGAAAUUUGUCACCAAAAUCGCUUUCGAUCCAAUCCGAAUGAUUGUCGAUUAUGACGAGGAAGAACUACGAGGCAAAAUGAAAGAUUACUUCGAAUGCCGUAAGGAUAGGCUUAAUGAUAGCGCAUUUGCCUUGGGUCGUUAUCUUAGCUCUCGAAAGGACUACGCAAGCAAACAGCGCUUUCUGGACUUCGAGAACACGGACAGAAAGAUCUUAACCCGCACGCUACGGCUACUGCCAAACCUACGUGCUAUCGACAUCAUUGUUCCCAGCAUCUCCCUCGGCGGCGAAGAACUCCUGAAGUCUUUUGGACGACUCUGUAGACUCGAUUUCAGCCAAGAUUUCCUUCGACAAUCUAACGUUCUACUGAAGGCUAUAGAAGACACAGAGAUUAGUCUCGACGCUCUCCAUUUGCUAGCUUCGGAAGAAAUAUGUCCUCUUAGGAAAAUGGAGAAUGGAUGUUACCCGACUCAAGUUCAGACUCUGCCCAAGAACACGUUCAUCUUCGAGCUUGACUCCAGCCAAUGGAGAAAAUUUUCCCAUAGUGAAAACCUCGCAUCGAAAAUGCUACCUUCAUUAAAGGACCUGAGAUUCCUUGUUCCCGUCGACGCUGACCUGCAAGAGUUCAACACGACAUGCGACAGUGUCCGCUUUGUACUGGGGAAAAAUCUCGGUGUAUCUAAAUUAGGUGUCGCUGCUCAUUACCGCGCCAAUGUGAUCCGGGACGAACGUACGAGACUUUUACGAGACAUCAUGGAAAUCAAAUUUGAUGGGCUACAGACCUUGCAUCUUUGCGGUCUCCGUGUCGACAACUUAUCCGAAGUCGCACAAUUCUUUUCUCGGUUGAAUCAAGGCUUGGUGGCGGUCCAUUUUGGGAAUGUUAUUGCUACAAAGAAUGUCACUGGAAACUGGUCAGAACUUCUCGCAAGCCUCUCUAUAUUGGAGUGGAAGUCAUUAAAAUCAUUCAAAUUGACUGAAUGUGUGAAAAAGGAGCGUGAGCUAGACAUUGCUCCCUUCCUCAAGAAUGGAACAACAAUGCCUCAACUAGAUGAAAUCCUGAAACAAUGA